AUGGAAGAUUUUCAGAGAUCAAAAUCUAUUGCAAAUGGCCCUCAAAUGAUGCAGCUAGAAAACUACUAUGGACCACCAAAACCUUAUGAUCUAAGAAGCUAUAGUUCUUCCUAUGUACAAAGUUCUAAGGAUUUGAAGUUGAAGAAAGGUAAAAGCUUUUCAUCUGGUUCAUCUUUUUCUAAGUCUUUGAGUUUCGUUAAUGAUCCUGAACUUCAGAGAAAGAAGAGAGUUGCUAGCUAUAAAAUGUAUUCUGUUGAAGGUAAAGUCAAAGGCUCUUUUAGAAAGAGUUUUAGAUGGCUUAAGAAUAAGUACUCAGAAGUUGUUUAUGGUUGGUAG